CCUGGUAGGUGAGCGCCCUCGCCCGAGCGGUUAGAGGCGCGGCCGAGUCGCUGGCGCCGCCGGAGGGGCGCUGGCUGUGCGGGCACCAUGAGACCCGAGGCGGCGGCCGGAGCCCGGGAGGCGCGGGGGCGCGUCUGUCACUGCCCCGCCGACGGUCCCCGGAGGCCACCGCCGCCGCGCGGGCCGGAGAGCCCCACGCCAUGGAGACCUUGGAUCCUGACACCCCAAGAAACUGAGCUGCCCGCAGCUGGAAACCCGCUUGAACCUGGUGAUGACCGGCAAACUCCGGGAUCAAAGGGUGCCUUUGGGUUUCAGCAUCCUGUAAGACUUUAUUUACCCAUUUCAAAGCGCCAAGAGUAUCUGCAGAGUUCUGGGGAAAAAGUGCUGGCCAGCUUCCCGGUGCAAGCCACAAUCCACUUCUACAACGAUGAAUCCGAUUCAGACGAUGAAGAACAAGAAGAAGAAACCCAGCCUUCCGAACUUCGGUGCCAGGAGACAGAAGGUCAGGCAGAGAAUGGCCCAGGAGGGAAGGGCAAGGGCCAGCUCACAAACCUGGGACAGAGGUCUGUAGGACACGGUGGCCUCAGUGGUAAGGGUCUACUCCCUCAUGGUGACUCUCAGGGGAGCACAGAGUGUUCCUCACCCAAAUAAAUGGGGUCCCUCUCCCACGCCAGACCUGGCUCACACGCACUCCUGGGGACAGCCGUGCCAGGACACCUUGCAUUUCCCUUGGUGUUUGGGGGUCGGGGACUACCUCUGGCCAGGACGCCACUCACAGCCAGAACUUAGCUUUUAACUUUUCCUUCUCCUGGUGAUUCUCUUCAGGGCACUCAUGCACACUGUUGAGAAAGGAUUCCAGGACCAGGAGAAGGUUUGUGUUGACAUGGGUUGUUAUUAGUUGGGACCAACUUUCAAAGCACCAUUUACCAUUGUCACUGUGCCAUCAAGUGACAGAUUAUUCCAGUAUAGGUUAUGACCCCACCUGUGCCUCUCACGUAACCUCGGACUCUUUAUUUAGCGAUUUCUACUUUUGUAAAAAUGGUGGAGCUAUUGUCCCAGGGUUGACGUAUUUGCUUACUGGCAAAAUAUUUAUGAAAAAUAAAUAAAACUGAAUAAUUUCCAUAAGAGUAACAGAAAUUUUAAAUGUGGAUUUUUAGGGGACAAUUCUGGAUAAAAAUUUAUGAUUCUUGUCUAAGGGCUGAGUGUAUGAAUAAAUGGAGAGAAGAGCUUUAAUUCUUAGUUGGGGACUGGUUUGGGCUUAU